UGAAUGGAGAGCUUUGCAGCGGACACCAGCUGCUUGAGCAUCUCAGCAAGCUUGGACUAUAUGUUGGCGAACACAUCGAUGAGCACCUUAAAGGUGGCCAUAUGACGCAUCACGCCGAUGGAGCACCGCACAAAGUGAAGCACGAAUGCCACGAUACAGAUGGUGCAAACGAUGAGCCUUCCGACUACCCCUCCAAACCUCCCAGCACUCUUCGGUCUGCAACCUAUGGCCAGUCACAGCAGGAGUCCACCGAAGUGCAUCAAAUUGACGCUCAACCUAAGCAACGUGAUCCCCAGCAGUUCUCAAGAGCUUACGAAUCUCAGAACCCACAACAUCCUACUGCAGUGGCUGAACAACAAGGAAAAAAGCAGGACUCCGAUUACUCUCCUCUCAAGUUCAUACCGGACGCCCAGCAUAUCCACGUGAAGAAUGGUCCCGGCCAACUGAAGCGUGCACAUUGUCUGUCUAUAUCCGGAAGACCGGAUCAUAAGCCAUUGGAUAUUGCGGGGCACGCAAGUCCAACUGAGGCGCUGGAUAGCAAGGAGUUCUUCAUGGACUUGCAUUCUGGGCAAUAAUCUGCUGCCGACAAACAUCUGCUCGUGGAAGGCCCGUUAGAGUGGUCGAGUUCGAGAUCGAUUGGGCUGUGGUCGGUGUCACGUCAAGGAACAGAAUCGCUUUUGGAAGAGAAAACUACAGACUGCUGUUUGUGGAACAGGGUUGACCGAGGGUUCCGAGCUCCCAACACUUGCCAUGAGCUGGGCUCUGGCCUGCUGUUAGGUAGACUGCAGAUUGUUUCGUGGAAAGUAAUGAUUAGACUGAAGGAUUUAGUCAAAUUGGACAGACG